GGCGUCCGCCUGGGGCCGGGCUCGUCAUGGCCGCCAUGCCGUUCGGGGCCGCGGGCGCCGCAGAGGAGCCGGCUCAGCCGCCCGGCUCAGCUUUGCCCGCGGGCAGCCUGGGCGCGGCCGAUGCCUUCCCCAAAGACUUCGGCUACGGCGCCGACGAGGACGAGGCGGGCGAGGAGGACGGGGCCGAGCUGGCGGGGGCAGGCGGCGGGGGCGGCGGGAUCGGCCUUGCGGGACCCGGCGGCGGCGGCGUGCUGGGGGCCGGCGGGGGCGACUCCUCCAAGCAGCCCCGCAUCCUGCUGAUGGGGCUGCGGCGCAGCGGGAAGUCCUCCAUCCAGAAGGUGGUCUUCCACAAGAUGUCCCCCAACGAGACGCUCUUCCUGGAGAGCACCACCAAGAUCCACAAGGACGACGUCUCCAGCAGCUCCUUCGUCAACUUCCAGAUCUGGGACUUCCCCGGCCAGAUGGACUUCUUCGACCCCGCCUUCGACUACGAGCUCAUCUUCCGAGGCACCGGGGCGCUCAUCUACGUCAUUGACGCGCAGGACGACUACAUGGAAGCGCUAACCAGGCUCCACAUUACGGUUUCCAAAGCCUACAAAAUCAACCCAGAAAUGAACUUUGAAGUUUUCAUUCACAAAGUGGAUGGCUUAUCGGACGACCAUAAGAUUGAAACCCAGAGGGACAUCCACCAGAGAGCCAAUGACGACCUGGCCGAUGCCGGCUUAGAGAAACUGCACCUGAGCUUUUAUUUGACCAGCAUCUAUGAUCACUCAAUAUUUGAGGCCUUCAGUAAGGUGGUGCAGAAGCUCAUUCCACAGCUGCCCACUUUGGAAAACUUGCUGAAUAUCUUUAUAUCAAACUCUGGGAUUGAGAAAGCUUUUCUUUUUGAUGUUGUCAGCAAGAUCUAUAUUGCAACAGACAGUUCCCCUGUUGACAUGCAGUCCUAUGAGCUAUGUUGCGACAUGAUUGACGUUGUGAUUGAUGUUUCUUGCAUAUAUGGAUUAAAAGAAGAUGGCAGCGGUAGUGCAUAUGACGAGGAAUCUAUGGCAAUUAUUAAACUCAAUAACACAACUGUUUUAUAUUUAAAAGAAGUGACAAAAUUUCUAGCCUUGGUGUGUAUCCUCAGAGAAGAAAGCUUUGAGCGCAAAGGCCUCAUAGACUACAAUUUCCACUGCUUCCGCAAGGCCAUCCACGAGGUCUUUGAGGUGGGCCUUUCCUCUCACCGCUCCUGCGGCCAUCAAGCCAACAUUCCCAAUUUGAAAGCAGUGACUCAUAACGGCACCCCGAAGGAGGACUGAGUCGGGACGGCCUGGGGCUGGCUUGCCUACCCUGGGCCUGGGUCAGUGCAGGAGCAGCAGCACGGAGGAUGGGCGGCACAACGUCCUCCGUUUUGUUUGAAGCAAGCGGAGUCUGCCUUGGGGGCUGGUGGCCCUCCCCAGGAGUGACUGAGGGGAAGCCAAGAGGCUGAGGGGUGCCUUUCGUGGCCAUUGGGCAGGCAGCCUCUCCUCCACGGGGGAACUUUUCUUCUUUGUUUCCGGAUUCAGCAGCAGGCGAUGUGCUCCAGGCGCUCAGAAACUCAAGCGUAGUAGUUCUUAAGUUACUUGAGUAUACGCUCCACACAUUCCACCUGAGAUAUCGCAUUGUUUUGUGGUCAUGCCUGAAAGAAGCCACCUAUCCUGUGACCUCUCCUUUGCAAACCCAUGGAAUGAAAACGCUCGUCUGCUUUUCUAGCUCUAAGUGUCCUCAGAACUGUUUGAAAAGUCACGUCUUGCGUUGCCAAGCUUUUGGCCACUCGGUAUCAGUGCCUGCAAUCAUUCGUGCCCUGGUUUUUUUACUCUGAUUCUUCUAUGCUAUUUUUCCCCCUGAAGCGGGUUUGGGUGGCGCUGGCUCCCUCAGCUAGGAAACGGAG